AUGGGAAGUGUGGCAAAAGAUGAGAAGACUGAGACUGAGAGGAAGAGGCCUGUAUGAAGAAUAAACUGAUAAAUUACAGUUUUGAGUAAAGCCAAUCCCCUUUGCUACUUUAUUUCUCAUUAUUAAAAGCAGAGAACUGAACUGCACAAGUUGACAACAGCUUUUUAUCCAGAAAUGAAUUUGUUAUACCGGACAUUAAAUUAAACUGAAAAGAAGAGAAUAUUAAACAGGAACUGUCAACUAUAGGGAUUUUUCCUGGCAGGUUAAAUCUGCAAGUUUCUGUUUUGGUUUUUGAAGCACUGAAGCCAGCAUCUUCAAAGGCGUCACUCUGAUUCUGCUUAUGUUGAAACCUGAGGUUGCUUCGUUAAAUUUAAUGUGGCUUCCUCUUGUGGACGCAGCCUAUCCUGGCUUAUCAUGGAGUCGCUAACACUUUACAUACUGUCAACAAACACAGCUUCUUUCUCAGGGCUGUAUAUAUAAAAGAAAAAAACAGAAUGGCUUAUUUCCACGAGUCACUAGCCAAAUAAGCAUUCAAAUCAACAAAGAAAUCACAUUAAAAAAAAAGAAAGAAAAAAAAAGCUCAACACUUCUGACAGAAUAUUAAAAAACCACCAACAAUUUACUCUAUUAAGCAAAAGAUGUCCACAGAUGUUUUUUGUUUCUUCGUUUGUUUUUGUUUGUUUGUUGUGUUGUUGUUUUUUUUGUUCAGCAAAAAGUUGUAAAGUCCUUCCCUGUGGUUUUGAAUAUAAUACUGUAUCUCUGGCAUUUAUAAGCAGAGUUAUAUUGAGCCCAGUUAAAUUAAUGUCCAAAACUUUCCAAAGUCAGGAAAAGUCUGCAGCAUCCCCUCCAAAAUAUCUGAGUGGAGUUGUUACAGUGGGCUGAGGUCUUUCUUAUUGAUAGUUGUCAGUCAGAAAGACUCCAUCAUUUUUGCUGCUUCUGCCACCCUGAUCACAAGACUUAUAUGUAGUUCAAAUAUGUAUCCAGCAGAGGGCGACAAAGCAUGGCAUAAUUUCCCCUACACUUUUCAACAGGACAGGGGUCAGUGUAACUUCAAAAGUGAUUAACUGUCACUGAAGCAAUGUUGUUUUUAAAUGAUUCAGCAGGUUUAGAAAAACUAAACACUAAUAUAACAUUCUCAUUUUUUUCCUACAGGCCUUGGCCAUGCCUCCCCUCCCUGUCCCCCUCAUCCUGGCACUGCUACAGCUUGCAGUAUUCACAUAUGUAAGUGCUGGGGCAUACUAUGGACACAAGCAACACCCUCAGCAAUACCAGCAAAUGCAGCACCUUCAACACAUGGGCAUGGGCAAGGAAGGCUAUCCCCAACAGCAGUACCUUGGCAAAGAGGUGCCCUACAUGCAGUAUCCACACUACAGAAAGGAGCUACCGCAAAUGCCGAUGCACAAGGGCAAAGAAAAUCCUCGUAAAGGGGGCGGCUACAAUGGUGGUCAAGACAAAGGUAAAAACCAACAUUUUCCAUCAUCAGUAUAUAUAAAUCUUUAAGAAUAUUAUGUCAAACUGACAUAAUGAAGUACAGAUUCUUAUGAAUUCUACAUGUACGUUAAAACCUUUUUUUCUUCUUGAUAUUGGAAACGUUUUGUAAAUGCGCUUUUGUAAAGUUUAAAAGAGAGCAUCUGCCUUUUGGAUCUAACAACCACAUUUCAGUCCAUGUCUCUGCCAAUUCAUCAUUUCUGGUUGGAUGUUUUUGUCAUUUACCACAGGUCAGACAAUCCCAAGUGGUGCAGAGGGAAUUCCUCAGGGAGAACCAGGCCCAGCUGGCCCCCCUGGGCCAGAUGGACCUCCAGGACCUGCUGGACCUCCAGGUAUUGGACAGCAAGGGCCCCCAGGAAGACCUGGACCACCUGGUCCACCAGGAGUACCUGCCGUGGGAAAACCAGGUUUGCCAGGACUACAAGGCAAGCCUGGAGGGGUUGGGGAGCCUGGACCCCUAGGAGAAAUGGGUCCAAGAGGUGAAGAAGGACCUGCUGGACAGCCAGGACCUCAAGGUCCCCCAGGACCACCUGGGUUACCAGGAAUUGGUAAACCAGGGGUGCAAGGACUACCAGGCCAACCUGGCCUAAAAGGUGAGCCAGGACACAAAGGUCUUCCAGGGCUACCGGGAUUACCAGGACCCAAAGGAGACAAGGGGAUGGGUCUGCCAGGCCAACCUGGUCACAAAGGCUUCCCAGGGCCUCCAGGACCUGCUGGUCCAAGGGGGUUGCCUGGUUUUGGCAAACCAGGGUUGAAUGGGGCUCCUGGGCCACAGGGACCUCCAGGAGAGAAAGGGCAUCCUGGGGAGCAAGGACCAGCAGGGCUACCUGGUGAAGGAGGACAGCCUGGCCCACCAGGUUUACCUGGUCAAGGGAAACCAGGUCAAAAUGGUCUGCCAGGACAGCCAGGCACACCCGGCAUAAAAGGUCAUCCAGGACCACCAGGAUUGCCAGGAAAGCCUGGACUUCCAGGAUUUGGAAAACCAGGACUCCCUGGACCAAAGGGUGAUAAAGGUAUGGGUGGACCACCUGGAUCCCCAGGACCUAAAGGUGACAAGGGCCACGGAGGACUGCCUGGUAUGCUUGGACCCCCUGGACCAAUUGGUCCAGCAGGUCCCCCUGGCUUAAUCGGACUACCAGGAGGUAUAGGUGCACCUGGUCCUAAGGGAGACUGUGGAGAAGGAGGACCCAAAGGUCUUGAUGGAGCCCAGGGAGAAAGGGGCCCUCCUGGGUUACCUGGUAAGAAUGGUCUUCCUGGAGAGCAGGGAGAGCCUGGCCCAAGGGGUCCAUCAGGACCAAUAGGUCCCAAAGGAGACAAUGGGCACAAAGGUCUACCAGGUAACCCUGGCGCUCCAGGACUAUCUGGACCAAAAGGACAAAGUGGACUGCCAGGUGGAGUAGGGCCUCAAGGUCCCAAAGGAAUCCCUGGCAUGGAUGGGGCAGCAGGCCCAAUUGGGUCUCCAGGUCUUCCAGGGCCAAAAGGAGAUAGUGGUUCUCCUGGUCCACCAGGCAUUGCAGGUGAGGGAAUUCCAGGUGUACCUGGUCCCAUAGGACCACCAGGCAAAGAGGGUCCAUCAGGACCCCUCGGACAACCAGGUCCUCCAGGUCCUCCUGGACCUCCAGGCCCACCCGGGGAAACUGGAUUGUCUCCUGAUAUGGCUGGAGUGCUUUCUCAAAUGGGUCCUGGACUAGAUGGUGUUAAGGCUGGUGGUUAUGGCAAGAAGGGCAAAUAUGGAGGUAAUGGGGCAGAAGUUAUGGGCGCCAAUGGGUUAGAGAUGCCCGCAUUCACAGCAAUAAUAACUACUCCUUUUCCACCUGUGGGCACCCCAGUUGUCUUUGAAAAGCUUUUGUACAAUGGUCGCCAAAACUACAACCCUGAGACAGGAAUCUUCACCUGUGACAUGCCUGGCAUUUAUUACUUUGCCUACCACGUUCAUUGCAAAGGAGCUAAUGUGUGGGUGGCUUUGAUGAGGAACAACGAGCCAGUGAUGUAUACAUACGAUGAGUAUAAGAAGGGAUUCCUGGAUCAAGCUUCAGGGAGUGCAGUAUUACCUCUACAACCUGGGGACACUGUGUAUAUACAGUUGCCUUCAGAUCAGGCCUCAGGACUUUAUGCAGGACAGUAUGUGCACUCCUCCUUUUCUGGAUAUUUGUUAUAUCCGAUGUAAAACCACAAACUGCAGGAUGGUACAAUCUUCAGUGAGUACAAACAGGGAGCAUAUAUGUGUAUGUAAGAAAACUUAGUCGACAUCCACCUGAGAUAAACAUACUUGUUUCACUUAAGUCAACAAGUUUUGAUCUCGUCAACAGAGAUGAGCAGUAAAUAUGGGAUACCAAACGGAAAAUCUUUAGUAUGACUGUAAAUAUACAGUGACUUCUAUACGGUAUAGCCUUAGAGUUGUAUAACUGAGGGAAAUUAGAAAAAAAUGUCCGGUGAACAAAAGGAUUAUAUACAAAGAAGAGUGUGAAACCCCGAAAAGGGUUGUAAGAUACACACGCCCUGUUGCUGAACAAAAAGAAAGGACAUAUUUAAUGUAUGCUAAAGAAAUUGCAAAAAAAACCCACACAAUUCCUGUAACACUGUUGAGACGGUGUCAAAUUUAGAGCCUGUCCCAGAUCAAAACCGGCAGCUAACCUGUGUGGUAAAUGUGAAACACAGUAGGAAUCAUGAAGUUUUAUUCAUUUUAGGUAAAAACAAAAGUUUUUGCAUCCAUAGCUUUAUAUAAACAGCUACUGUGUUACUGUGUGCUUAUAAUAGUGGCAAUCAGACAAGACUUUGAAAUAUUUGGAGGAAACACAUCCUGGUCAAACAAGUGGCAAAUUAAUGAGUUUUGGGAUAAGGUUGAUUGUAUUCAAUCUUACCUUGAUCAUCAAUAGGUAACUCUCUGAAGUUCCUCUGAAAUCCUUUUGUCAACAAAACACAGAGCAGGAGCAAACUUCAAGAAGGCAGUGCUGUACUGGUUCAGGGGAGUAUUUUAAAAGCAACUAAUGUUUUAUAGGAGCACAUAAUAUAAGUCAGAAUAAAAAAAUCACAUGAAUGAUGUAUGGUGCUGACAGACAAUUACUCCCAUGAGUGAGAAUCAGAAAAUAAGAAUGUAUUUUUAUGUUUUUAAUGUUUGAAUAUAGGUUUAUUUUAUUUUGUGCAAAACUGGUCUAAGAAGGUCAAAGAAAUACAUGUUUCCCAAACUAUGAAAACCACUCCAUACAUAACAUAAAAUAUUGCCCCAUGGUGUAGAGAAAAGUUGGCAUUACACAGUGUAUCAAAAACUAAAAUGCAAGAUUAAAUACAAGUGGUAGUGAUAAGUAUCUGAGACACAAACCCAUUUAACCAUUUAUAUUCUACAACUCAUUUGUAACUUCAAUUCAUUAUCAUUUAGAAUUGCAGCCUAUUAAACAUAACAGGAUGCCACAUUAAUCAUCUUGUGGAUUAGGCUGUUGUUUUUUAAUGAAACAGCAUGUCUACUAUGAAUUUCUAACUUUUAAAAAAUAGGGGUAUCCUCAGAAUCUUGAUUUCUUAAGCACAUUUGUGUUGCAGAUAGAAUUAUGAGGGGGCAAAAAAUGUUCAACCAGUGGUCUCAAAGAAAAUAUUGAAUGUUGCAGCAUUGCAUGACAACAGUUCUUUUAGUAAUUUAUUAUAUUGCUUGCUAAUCACAUUCAUGCAAUGACAAGGACAAAUGAAAUGAAUAAAUGAAAACUUCAAUGUAUUUCUUAUUUUAACCAUGGUGCUCAUAGUGUAAAACAGUCAUGGUGCUAAUAUUGUCAAUAUUGUCAUAACCAAAGAUUUGAUGUCUGUAUGUGUUGUGUUUGUUAUAAUUUUCCAUGUUUUUCUAAAUAAAAAUUGUCUAAAUUAAAAGUGUUGUUGGGUCUGUUUAUAUGACAAUAGAAAACAAAAUCAAUUUAUUUGGCAAAACCUGAUGCAUUUAUUUGAACUGUGUGUAAAUGUAAAAUUGGUGUACUGUUUUUUUAAUGGCGUCAACUUCUUUGUGAUGUUUUAGACAGAUGCAUAGACACACUAAUAAGAUAAUAAAACUCAACAUGCAGGGCACAAGAAACAGUCAUCUUUUCUCAGGAGCAAAAUAAUAUGAGUACAAUAAAUAAGCCCAUCUUUUGUUUGAUAAAUUUGUAAAAUCCAGUAAUGCAGAUGAUGCCAAAUCUCAACACAAACUGGGGUCAUGAUGCACAAGAUGCUCCCUUUACCAGCUUCUUCUGUACAAUUUUAUAAAAUAAACUAUUCUAGACGACUCAAGACACUUCAGGUCUGUUAUAUUACUUAAAUGUAAGACUGGGACACGAGAUGAACCCUUGAGAGAAAAGUACUGGUUCCGGUUCAGACAGCCGGCCAAGUGAGAUGCUGAUGCUGCGGUGGGCAAGGCUCUCGGUGGUUGGAGACUGUGCGCAUGCGCAGAGCUUUUUACAACAUCCAUGUACCACAUCCUUUGUCGGUACAGGUUCAGAGAAGGAGCUCAGCCGGUCUGUAAGGAUACACGAAACGGUAAGCAAUAGGAGCAAACAGGAAUCACGACAGUAUCAUAUUCCCUGUGCUUAAAAUAGAGUUGUCAGUCUCAACAUGUAGUAUGUGUUUGUCCAAAGGUUACAGUGGAAUUGGUAAGCUAGCUGUAGCAGCUAACAAGCUAGCCGUGCUCAGCUCGAUAUCUAAGUCUGUCUUUUCCGUGUCUUAUAUAUAAUUUUUUCAGGAAGGUGUUUGUUUUUUAUCUAGUAUCUGAACGAGACAACAGUCUGGCUUGUCAUUGCUGAAUUUGACGCUAUUGUUUUUACCUCCUCCUCAUGCCAUAUUUUUGUGUUGCUAAAUCUGCCUUUUGGUCCAUUGUUAGGCUUACUAGCAGGACUAAGUGGGCUCAUUCAAUCAAAGGAAAAAUAAGAUUCAACAAAUUUAAUAAUACAUUUUUAAGUCUUGCAAAGAGUUAAAACCAUGCCAUAGUCGAAGCUAUAAUUUUAUGAAAAUAUGUUUGUCUAAUUGUGUUAUUGAUAAAUAUGACAUAAUGAAUAAAUGUGGGCUGUUAUUUUGUAACAAAACAAGACAUCCUCUUGGGUCAGGAAACUUACUGACCAGAUCUGGAUAUAGUAUGAACAAAACAAUUGAAUCGAUAUGCAAAGAGUCAAUUACAUAGCUUAAAAUGCAAAUUACUGGCAUCUGAAAUAUUGUUUGAUUUAUUUGUUACUAGAUUUCUCUCAUCAUGACAUCCCGCCUCGGAUCCAGAGCUGCUUGUGCCAAUGGAAGUGACUUCAAACCCAGCAAACCCAGAGAAAGGGUGACACCACACUACCAAAUGAGGCAAGCAAAUUCAUCUGCUUUUAUUACUAGUCACAGAAUAUGAGUACUCAUUCCUGUAUAUUCACUGAAUAGCGACAAGGAUCAUCUUGUUUAUCUGUUAUGUUUUUUACAGUGCUUCCCUAAAGUCAGAAGUACGGAAGCUAAACCUGGUUCAACUUCUCAUCUGGUUGCUGGUGGCAGCACAGGUGACUGUCAGCCACUUCAACCUGGUGUCACACGACACAGUGUCUAUGCCGUACCAGUGGGAGUACCCAUACCUUCUCAGCCUUCUCCCUCUCCUCUGCAGCAGCCUCUCACUUCCAAAGAACAAUAUUAGUUACUUGGUCAUAUCCAUGAUCAGCGCAGGGCUGUUCUCUGUGGCUCCUCUCAUUUACGGUGGAAUGGAGAUGUUUCCUGUAGCGCAGCAACUCUACCGCCAUGGGAAGGCCUAUCGCUUUAUUUUUGGCUUCUCUGCAGUGACUGUUAUGUACCUCAUUAUGGUGGUUGCUGUUCAAGUGCAUGCUUGGCAAUUAUAUUACAUGAAGAAGCUUUUAGACUCAUGGUUCGAUACCACUCAAGAAAAGAAGAAGAAAUAA